ACUCACCACCAGAGCAUCAACCAUACCGUCGACCUGAUCUCAGCAAAUACGGGACCUGACCCUCCGCUGACCCCGGGCAUAUAUAUCACGAAAGACCCUACGCUGCUUCUCCCUGCAACUCCUCCGCCACCGCCACUUCUUCCGCCGAUAGUCUCAUCACCAGCCGCCUCUGAGACCGGCACAUUGCACGACACACUUCGCUACGUCCUCGCAGAAAUCCACCGAACAUGUCGACCGCGGCGCGCCGACGUCUGAUGCGUGACUUCAAGCGCAUGCAAACAGAUCCUCCAGCGGGAGUGAGUGCCAGUCCGAUCGCGGACAACGUCAUGACCUGGAACGCCGUCAUCAUCGGUCCAUCAGACACACCCUUCGAAGAUGGGACAUUUCGCCUGGUGAUGCACUUCGAAGAGCAAUACCCCAAUAAGCCUCCGGGCGUGAAGUUCAUAUCGCAAAUGUUUCACCCGAACGUUUACGGCACCGGGGAGUUGUGCUUGGACAUUUUGCAGAACAGGUGGAGUCCGACAUACGACGUGGCGGCGAUUUUGACGAGUAUCCAGAGUCUGCUGAACGAUCCCAACACAUCGAGUCCCGCCAACGUCGAGGCCAGCAACCUGUAUAAAGACAACCGGAAGGAGUACACCAAGAGAGUGAGGGAAACGGUGGAGAAGAGUUGGGAUGAUUGA